UGCAAACUUAUUACUUUCGUUGCACAGGCUGUUCCACAAUGGAAGGGGGAGAUGGCACUGCUGAUCUUGUGAUCAACAAGAGAUUUGUGUCUGAAUCGGAGCUAGACGAGCGGCGUAAAAGAAGACAGGAAGAAUGGGAAAAGGUUCGGAAACCUGAGGAUCCAGAAGAAUGCCCAGAGGAGGCUUAUGAUCCACGUUCCCUAUAUGAAAGGCUGCAAGAACAGAGAGAAAAGAAGCAGCAGGAGUUUGAGGAACAGUUUAAAUUCAAAAAUAUGGUAAGAGGCUUAGAUGAAGAUGAAACAAAUUUCCUUGAUGAGGUUUCUCGGCAACAAGAGCUAAUAGAAAAGCAACGAAGAGAAGAAGAACUGAAAGAACUAAAUGAAUAUAGAAGCACUCUCACUAAAGUGGGGGUCAGCACAGACCCAAAGAAGGAAGCAGAGAAGAAAUUGCCAAUGAAAUCAGUGGAAAACAAGAACAGGUUCUCUCAGGCAAAGCUGUUGGCAGGAGCUGUGAAACACAGGAGUUCAGAAGGUGGAAAUAGCGUGAAGAGAUUGAAACUAGAUACUGACCACGAUGAUAAGAAUCAAGAAAAACCAUCUUGUGUUCCGCUUGGGAGCAGCUCAAUGAGUGGUUCUUCAGUCCACUGUCCCUCGGCAGCUGUGUGCAUCGGUAUCCUGCCUGGCCUCGGAGCCUACUCAGGAAGCAGUGAUUCUGAGUCCAGCUCAGAUAGCGAAGGCACUAUUAAUUCUACUGGAAAGAUUGUCUCCUCUGUCUUUCGUAGCAACAGCUUCUUUGAUGGUCCAUAACAAAAUCCCUCCAUGUUAAUGUAAUACAGGGUACCUUCCAAAGCCGUAUAGGAUGCUAGAUGCAUCCUUUCACUCUAGGCUUACCCUUCCUUGCUAACCUCUCAAACUUUAGCCUUCUGGUACCCUCCAAUAAUAUCAAAAUUAAUUGAAGCUAUUUCUCUCCCCCCUGCCCUCCCCCAAAUUUCUUCCAUUUCUGGGGUGCAAACUGAGCCCAUUUUGAUAGGUUUCCAACCUAAAACAAUGAGGGAAAAUACUGCUAUUGUAACAUGAAGGUUGGGGGAGGAGAGAGCCUUUAAAAGUUGUUAUGCAAAGUUUUUUCCUGGUGAUCUCAGUUUUAUGAAGAGACUAAAGGGUGCAAAGCAUGCACUUGAAGCACUGAAGUCCUGUAGAAAUGGCCAUGUGUUCUGUUUUAAAAUGUCAUUUUUAUUCUGUAUUUCAGAUGUGGGGGCAGAAUAAAAUUCAGGAAGAUGGUAAAAUUGUAGAUUGCCAUGACACUGUAAAGAAGUUUUAGUGUUAGACAAUUAAAGAAAUUCUGAAUGCA